CUAACUCUUGGCUUGUUACCACCUUCGUCAAAGUGCACGUCUGGCGCCUGCACAUUUCUUCAAACAACCAUGCAGGUAUGCCUCGUCGCCGUAGAGAUUCCGAGUCCGACACGGCACUUUCUACUGAGUCAUCGUCUUCACCUGUUUCACGCGACGGGUUUUUCUAUGACGGACACGGAUUAUUCGUCGAAGUAGAUUCAAUCAGGCACUAUCGCGAAGAUUCUGAUUCUCUUCAUGCACUACUGACGCAUGUCGAUCCUCCGCCAGUGUAUACUAAAUCUGGAACACUGGCAAAGCGCCAGCCACCGCCGUUUAAAGACCGUCCCGGACAUUUCUAUCGCGCACAGCUAGUCCAUUAUGGUCUGAAGCCUGUGACCGUAAAGAAGGCAGCCAAAGGCCUGCUCCUUUCUGCUUUUGAUCAGGACAACACUCUCGCAGUGCCUGAUAGGAUCCUACGACUCGAAGCUGAUUUGAAGGCCAAGUUCGAACAGAAGGAUAAGGCUACCGAGACGUGCGGGAAUAAAAAAACUGUCGUAGAUAGCUUCGUUCGAAACAAGAAGUUGAAGCCGGCCCCUAACCAAGAGCUAUUUGAAGAGAUUAUGGCUUUGGGACCAGAUGUCGCGCUACCCAAUCCAGACACCAUCACGGUUGAAGAAGUUCUAGAAGAGGUUGUCAAGAUGUCGAAUGACCGUGUUGCGGCUACUUUAUCCACCUCGGUUGACCUCGAGGAGGUAUUGGACAUACUCACAGAUGUAAUGGAUCGUUACAAGAUUAAAACGAAGACCUCAGAAGAAGACCGGGAGGAGGAGGAGAUAUUGUAGGCACGGCGUGUCCCGUACUAACGUCGAACAUCUAUUCAUUUACUCCCUUAUACAGGAGAUUGCUGAGCAAGUUGCCGAGUUACUAGAACAGCAACUUACAAAUGCUAUUCGUGAUCUCAUGGAGGAUUCAGAAAGGUUGGAGGAGCCUCUCAAGCUGGAAGGGGCUCGUUCACAGCUUGAGACGCGAGAUUCUGCGUCCCAUCAAAGCUCCUCAAAGGCUAAACCAAAACAUAUCAGGGUAUGAAUGAUGGCGCGUGCUUAAAACAAAGUAAUAACUGUUCCUCUGCAGAAAGAUGCAGCCAUUCAAGUCG